AUGUCGUACGACAGUCAAAACAGUUGCAUAGAGCACUCUCGCCACAGGAUGACGAUUUUGUCGCGGGUAAAGUCGAUCCAAGGUGUCGUCGCUCCCAAGAGUGCAAACGAGCUGUGGACAGGUUCAAUGUUGGGACAGACGACGAUGCAGCACGUGCUCCUUUGCAGCCUCAGUUCUCCAAGGAAGCACUUUGUCGUGCAAAGUACUCGUACUCUAGCAGGGCCGACAUAUUUUGCCCGAGCGCGAGAGCGCCUGGAGCAUCCGGGGCAGCCCACGCUUCUGCCACUCUCAAUCUCAUUCGAGCUGCGCCGGGUGGGGAAGGCUGAUGAGGUUUGCCCAGUCGGCCAGCCAAUCAGACGGCCUCUCCGCAACUCGUGCUCAACCACCCAUUCUGGCGAUGGCAAAGAGAGCCCACGCGACACAUGCCAGCUGCCAGCUGCCACAAUGUCGUCUCAACUAGGUCGCCGCUGUCUCGACUACACCCCUCCAUCCCACCUUCUGAGCCUUGCCCUCACCGGUAUGCCUCGUCCCAGCUUGCCUCCCACACCUCAACCGUCGACCGACCUCACGGCCAAGAGCAGCGCAAAUGUCCUUCCAUUAGAGCCUUCUUUUGCCCUUCCACCUGCUGCCCUGGGCGGCAGGGCGAGUGUAGCCAGCUCCUCUGCGCCCUCGGAUAAUGCCUCUGAUUCAUCCUACCGACCACCCUCCCCGUCGUCGCCCAUUGCGAACUCGAAAUCUAGCAGUUCGCGCAAACGCCCAAGUGCAAGUUCGGAACAGGCCAUCAUCACCAAGGAGGACUACUCUCUGCCCCCUCCACCCACUCGCUCGCGCAAGAUCAUUCAGAUGAAGCCAAAAGAGGCCCAGCCAGUGUCCAAGUCGCAAGCUCAGAGUCAAGGUGCAAAGUCCACAACGGGAUCCACCAAUGCCAGUAAGAAGAAGCAAGGCGGCAAUUCCACUGCUGCAGGGCGUAAGAUUGCGAGGAAGACUGCGCACAGCUUGAUUGAGCGGAGGAGAAGGUCCAAGAUGAACGAGGAGUUUGGGGUGCUCAAGGACAUGAUACCCGCAUGCCGAGGUCAAGAGAUGCACAAGCUUGCCAUCCUACAGGCAUCGAUAGAAUACAUGAGAUAUCUUGAAAAGUGUCUCUCCGACCUCAAGACGGCCCAUAUGUCCCGUCGCGACUCCCCCGCCUCAACCGCAUCCGAACUCCCCCCUCCACCCAUCCGGCCUGCGCCCGAAGAAGACGACGAGGCAGAAGACGACCAUGAUGAAGACAUGGAAGACGCCCUAUCACCCACCCAAACCGAGCCCACUCACCCAACUCGCCACUACUCCAUCGCCACCGCAUCACCAGCCAUCUACCCCUCCGACCAAAGCGCCUACUCCCACUCCACCACCACUUCCCCCGCCAUCCAGCCCCACGACCGCAUAGCCCACUACUCAACCCACCCCUCCCCUGCCCUCCUCCCCUCAGACCCACACCACUACACCCUCACCUCCUCCAUCCGCUCCACAGCAACAUCCCCCGCACACACCCCAUCCACCACACACUUCACCAACCCCUUCCACACCAUCGCGUCCCCCAGUACCGGCCCCGUCGCAGCCCAACCCCCUUCCUCCUCCCACGCCUCCCGCCCCUUCCAACUCUCCUCCCCGGCCUUGCUCCCGCAGCCGGACCGCGAGGACCAGGAGGCCACGGCCGCGCUGUUGAUGCUGAAUACAGAUCGCAGGAGCUGGAGUGGCGCGCGCGGGAUGAGUGUGAGGGAUUUACUUAGUGGGUAG